GUUCCAUUGCUGUCGAUUAGCCAUACGUGUUCUGUUCAGCACUUCGACUCCGUUUUCGUUACGAUUUAGACUAACCGAAAAACAAUGGCUCGGUUAAUCGGUAUAGUGGCGAUUAUUGGGAUUGCAUUGGUGUCUAUCCUCACAGCCGAAGAAUUCUAUUCCGACAAAUACGAUGACAUAGAUGUCAAAGGUAUCCUCCAGAAUGACAGAUUGCGAGACCAAUAUUACGAAUGUUUUAUAGACAAGGGACCAUGCACAACAGCGGAUAUGAAAUUCUAUAAAGAAAUUGCAAGCGAAGCUAUGGUGACAAAAUGCAAGAAAUGCAACGAGAAACAAAAGGAACAUCUGAACGACAUAAUCGAGUGGUAUACACAGAAUAAACCCGAUCAAUGGCAAAUUAUAGUUGAAAAGUCUUUAGAAGACAUGAAGAAAAAGAACAGUGGCCAAUAACUACUGGCAAAAUUGACAACGAAUAU